UUAUAUUAUAUCACUACCUUUUCGGCCACUCUAUAUAGUAUAUAUAAUCACUGCGUGCACUGUGUGUAAAUACUUUUCUGUUGUUUCUCUGAUAAAUCCCAAAAUGCAGGAUCCCACUUCAGGGUCUUAACUUGUCCUAGAGGGUGUCGUUUUCCGAGCCACAGUCAAGCAGUUUUUUGAGUUUCUGUCUUCUCUUCAAAUAGUCUUCAGUUCAUCCUCAGAGUGGGAGGAGAUUUCGAGGGCCCUUGAUAUUUGAGGUUGUAUAUAAUCCUAAUUGAAGCAGUAUGGCGACUAUUGCUGAUAUUUCUGUUGCAGCAUCUAUAAAUAUACUCAGUGCGUUUGCUUUCUUUGUGGCUUUUGCGAUACUGAGAAUUCAGCCAAUCAAUGAUAGGGUAUAUUUCCCAAAGUGGUACCUGAAAGGUUUGAGAAGCAGUCCAUUGCAGUCAGGCGCUUUUGUCCAUAAAUUUGUCAAUUUGGACUUCCAUUCAUAUUUGAGAUUUUUGAAUUGGAUGCCUGCUGCAAUGCGAAUGCCAGAACCUGAGCUUAUUGAUCAUGCAGGAUUGGAUUCUGCUGUUUACUUAAGAAUUUACUUGACAGGAUUCUGGACUCACAUAGUAAUGGCUUAUGUCUUUACAUUCUGGACAUGUUAUGUUUUGAAGAGGGAAUAUGAGACAAUUACAUCAAUGAGAUUGCAGUUUAUUGCUUCAGAACAUCGACGUCCAGAUCAAUUUACGGUACUUGUAAGAAAUGUGCCACCAGACCCUGAUGAAUCUGUUAGUGAACUUGUGGAGCAUUUCUUCAUGGUCAACCAUCCUGAUCACUAUCUAACUCAUCAGGUGGUUUACAAUGCAAACAAGCUCUCUGAACUCGUGAAUGAGAAAAAGAACAAGCAGAACUGGCUUGACUACUAUCAACUGAAGUAUGCUAGGAACCAAUCAAGAAGGCCCACAUCAAAGAGUGGUUAUCUUGGCUUUUGGGGUAAAACAGUGGAUACUAUCAAUUUUUACACCUCUGAAAUUGAAAGACUUUCGAAGGAAAUAGCUGCUGAGAGACUGAAGAUUGACAAUAAUGCUAAGUACAUAAUGCCUGCAGCAUUUGUUUCCUUUAAAACCAGAUGGGGAGCUGCUGUUUGUGCUCAAACUCAGCAGUCAAGAAAUCCAACCUUGUGGCUAACUGAAUGGGCUCCAGAGCCCUGUGACGUGUAUUGGAAUAAUCUAGCAAUUCCCUAUGUCUCACUUACUAUUAGGAGGCUUGUCAUAGCUGUUGCAUUUUUCUUCCUUACCUUUUUCUUUAUGAUUCCCAUCGCUUUUGUUCAGUCCCUUGCAAAUGUAGAGGGAAUAGAGAAAGCACUUCCUUUCCUGAAGCCAAUAAUUGAAAAGAAAGUCAUUAAGGGAUUCAUCCAGGGUUUUCUUCCAGGAAUUGCUUUGAAGAUUUUUCUCAUAUUUUUACCAUCAAUACUGAUGUUGAUGUCGAAAUUUGAAGGAUUCAGCUCCAUAUCAGCUCUUGAAAGAAGAUCUGCAACUAGAUACUACAUUUUUCAGUUCAUAAAUGUCUUUCUUGGAAGCAUCAUCACUGGAACAGCAUUUCAGCAAUUAAAUAACUUUAUUCACCAGUCACCAAAUGAGAUUCCAAAGACAAUUGGUGUCUCCAUACCUAUGAAAGCUACCUUCUUCAUAACGUACAUAAUGGUGGAUGGAUGGGCUGGAGUUGCAGGCGAGAUUCUUAGAUUGAGACCUUUAAUUAUCUAUCACCUCAAAAAUUUCUUCAUGGUAAAGACUGAAACUGAUAGGGAGGAGGCAAUGAAUCCUGGGAGCCUGGGUUUCAACACAGGCGAACCUCAGAUACAGCUGUAUUUCUUGCUGGGGCUGGUUUAUGCUGUUGUUUCUCCAAUUUUGCUUCCUUUUAUCGUCAUAUUCUUUGGACUAGCAUAUAUCGUAUACCGUCAUCAGAUUAUGAAUGUCUACAAUCAAGAGUAUGAGAGCGCUGCAGCAUUCUGGCCUGAUGUUCAUGGGCGCAUCAUAAUAGCAUUGAUAGUCUCCCAACUGCUUUUACUGGGGCUGUUGAGUACAAAAGAUGCUUCUCAGUCAACUCCAUUUCUCAUUACACUCCCUGUAUUGACCAUAUGCUUCGACAGAUACUGCAAAGGUCGUUAUGAACCUGCCUUUGUUAGAUAUCCAUUGCAGCAAGCUAUGAUGAAAGAUAUACUGAAUCGUACAAGGGAGCCAAAUGUUAAUCUAAAGGAUUACCUUCGAAGUGCUUACAUCCACCCAGUCUUCAAGGCCGGAGAUGAUUAUGAGAACAAUUUGGUUAGUGAAGAUGAGGAGCAAGAACCUACUCUUGUCCCCACAAAACGCCAGUCUCGAAGGAGCACCCCGUUUUCCAGCAAAUACAGCGGUUCAUCUCAGUCUUUACCAUAUGAAGUUGAUCAGAACUUGCAGCCCUGAGAAGCUUUGACAUGAACCUUUGUUAGAAAUUGAGCCUACUACGAGUUUUAGAUAUUCAGCUUGAUAUUUGAAAUCAAGUUGGCAAGAAGUAUGUCCUCUGACCAAACUGUCUCAUGCAAUGUUCUUUCGCGGGAAUACAGGUCUUUAGGAGUUGUAAUUGAGCAUUUGGCAUGAUCAAUUUUGGCUGAAUAUCACCAGCCUGAGUUUGUAUGGUAUUUGGAAUGACGAAAUUUCUCUGUACAUAGACCAUUCUUUUACCAAGUGUAGCAGCUAGGUUCCAGAUUCUCUACUUACCAUAAUCUUUGCCAUACAAUCCCAUGUGCUGCGAAGUCCUUGUUAUAUUAUUUCAAACCAA